AUGACAACACCAAGAGGAAUCCAAAAGUCUUUCUUGGCGCGCGAGCAGGCCGAAGGUGCAGGCGCAAGAGUUCGUCGUUCAAUCGGUUCACCUCAGCUAAAGAACCUCUCACCAUUUCUCAUGCUUGAUCAUUUUUCCAGCAGUUCCUCAGCUGGAUUUCCAGAUCAUCCACAUAGAGGACAGGAAACUAUAAGUUACAUUCUUCAAGGCGCCGUCGAUCAUGAAGAUUUCGCAGGAAACAAAGGCACGAUCGAAGCGGGAGAUCUUCAAUUUAUGACUGCAGGAAGAGGAAUAAUGCACUCAGAAAUGCCACGAGAAAGUGCAGAUGGCAGCCCAAAUAUUGGAUUACAACUUUGGGUAGACUUACCCGAAAAGCUCAAGAAAUGCGAACCACGAUACCGUGAUCUACGAGCCAAGGAAAUUCCAAAAAUUGAUAUCGAUGAUGGAAGAGUCCAUGUGAAGAUUAUUUCGGGACAAAGUCAUGGUGUCGAUAGUGUAAAAGAGCUCGCUUAUACACCUGUUUGGAUUUUCGAUGUAGAAAUCAAACCUGGUGGAAAGAUUGAGCAACCUUUACCAGCCGGCUGGAAUGCUUUUGCUUAUAUUUUGAGUGGGGAGGCUGUCUUUGGAAGUGGAAAUGAGAAGACCAAGAUUGCAAAGUUCCACAAUGUGGUAUUCCGUCAAGAAGGAGAUUUUGUGAACGCAGAAGUAGAAGAGUCUGCUAAGGAAAAUGGACAUUUCAUAGCAGGUCAGCCUCUCGAUCAAAGGAUAGUUCAAUAUGGUCCCUUUGUUCUCAAUUCAGAAGAAGAAGUCUACCAAACGAUGAUAGAUUUCGAAACUUACACCAAUGGUUUUGAAAGGGCUAAGGGAUGGAGAAAUUAUAGAAGAGAACAAUAUUGA